CUACACAUCCAAAUAAAUUGAAAGACAAUCCCACACUUACCAAAAUUCUCUCAAAAUUUUUAUCACUCAACUUUACCACUUAGACUAUACUACAUCAACUUAUUUACCUUAGUUUUACUUAUAGAAAUGUAAGAUAUAUUAUCAAAAUCUGUUUCUUGAAAAAGAUACACAUACAUCAACUUCAAGUGUCACCUUAGUUUCCUUCCCUUCUAAGCCCUCUUAAUUAGGCUUCCACUUCUCUCAACCCAAUCAAUUCCCCACACAAAUAUUACACAAAUCUGAGCUUCAAAAGAUUAGAUUUGAUGAGAUGGGAUCCGCCGCAGGGAAUCAGAACAAUGAGUACAAGGAUUGCUCAGUAGGAAUGUGCAGCAUCUACUGCCCGCAGUUCUGCUACUUCAUCUUCCCCCCGCCGCUGCCGCCGCCCGACGACGACUCCGCCUCCCCUUUCUCCCCUCUCAUCAUCGCCGUGAUCGGCGUCCUGGCCAGCGCCUUCGUCCUCGUCAGCUACUACACCAUCGUCACCAGGUACUGCACCAGGGGCCAGGGCGCCGAAUAUUCAGGCGACGAGGCGCAGGCGGCGGCGGCAACGGGGGGCGGGCUGGAGGAGGCGGCGAUCAGGGCCAUAACGGUGCGCAGGUACCGGAAGGGCGAGGGGCUGAUCGAAGGGGCGGAAUGCGCGGUUUGUUUGAGCGAGUUUGAGGAAGAGGAGUGCCUGAGGCUGCUGCCCAAGUGCAGCCACGCCUUCCACCUCCCCUGCAUCGACACCUGGCUCAAAUCGCACCCGAACUGCCCCUUGUGCCGCGCCGCGGUCGUCGCCGCCGAGGUGAUUGUGGCGGCGGAUGAGCCCAAGAGCCCGGAAGCGAGUGCCGGAGGUGUGAGGCAGUUGAGAAGAUCGGUUUCUUUGCCGCAUGUUGUGGUUGAGAUGGGCGAAUUUGGUGAGGAUUUGGAGAGGAAGAGAUGUCUAUCUUGGAGGGAGAUAUGAAUUUCCAGUUUAACACUAUUGUAUAUUGUAUUCCUUCACAUGCAUCCAUCAUUUCUCACCACCUAUUAUUUUGUACAUGCCUAAUUUUAUUAACACCAGACAAACUAAGGUAUGUUUUGGUUCUAA